GAGGCCGAGAGACCCGCUGCGGCUCCGUCACCGGAGAGGGAGGGCCCCGCUGCCGUCGGUACAGCAGUGAUCUCCCUGCCUUGGUGUCCUCAAGCCUGGGCUGUAAAGCGGUCUCUUUCACGUGGGAGUGGAAGGUUCUAUGGAAGAGCCCGGCACCCACGAGGCCCGGCAAGUCGCAGGACGGAGCCCCCGGACGCCAGGCUCCUGGCCCAGAGGAGGAACCACCUGCCGGAGCGCAGCCUGCAGUCCGGGCUUUCAGUGUGGGAAUGCCCCUGCCUGAGCCCAGCGAGCAGGAGGGCGAGAGCGUGAAGGCCGGCCAGGAGCCGCACCCCGAGCAGGCCACAGACAUCGUCCCCGCAGCCCCCCGGAAGCCCAGGAAGUUCUCCAAGCUGGUCCUGCUGACCGCCUCCCCUCAGGAUGAGGGCGGGGUGGGCUCCAAGUGCAAAGGUGUACCCUGCGUCAUGUCCCUGGAGAUGUCCAGCCCCACUGCUCUUGCCAGCCCCCUCCAGAUCCUGGCAGCUGAAGAGCAGGAAGGAACAGUCCAGCGAGGCCCUGGGGCCCCAGAGCAGAAAUGCAGCGAGCUGGACACAGCGACCCCCAAGCCCCUGGAGUUCCUGAGGACGCCAUUCGGGGGCCGCCUCCUAGCACACGAGUCCUUCCUGUACAAGCAGGAGAAGGCGGUGGGGGACAAGGUGUACUGGAAGUGCCGUCAGCACGCCGAAAUGGGCUGCCGCGGCCGGGCCACCACCCGUGGCCCACGGGCCACAGUGAUGCGCAGCCACUGCCACCAGCCUGAUGAGGAGGGCCUGGCGGCCCGGCACCAGUGCGAAAAGCUGCCCAUCCCAUCCCUGCCAGACGACAUGGGGGCUCCCCGAGUUCCUGAGGGCCCAGGAGGCCGCCUGGGGGAGCCACUGGAGGGGAGCGGCCUAUGGCUGUGUCCCGGGGAACCGGAGCCCACCCCUGAGCUGGUGCUGAACACGCCAGCCCCCAGCCCUGGCCCAGAGGGGGACCAGGGCCCCCAGAGCCUGUCACUCCUGAGCCUGCCCCCUAAGAAACGGCCAGCGCUGGGGCUAGGACAGGCCCGGCCCCUGGAGUUCCUGAAGACCUGCUAUGGGGGCAACUUCCUGGUGCACGAAUCGUUCCUCUACAAGCGGGAGAAGGCGGUGGGGGACAAGGUGUACUGGACCUGCCGGGACCACGUGCUGCAUGGCUGCCGCAGCCGCGCCAUCACGCAAGGCCAGCGGGUGACAGUGAUGCGUGGCCACAGCCACCUGCCAGACGUGGAGGGCCUGGAGGCCCGGCGGCGGCAGGAGAAGGCCAUGGAGACGCUGCGGGGCACGCCGGGUGGUCGGGGCGCUGGGGCGGGCCAGCUGCAUGGAGUGGAGAGCCUGCUCUACCGCAGGGGGCUGGGCACCCUCACCCUCACCAGGCCCCGGCCCCCGAAGCGGGCGAAGGUCACAGACCAGCCUCCGGCCCUGCAGGGACCCACUGACCAGGACCAGGACCAGGACAUGGACCCCGGAGGUCCCGAGUUCCUGAGGACGCCCCUGGGGGGCAGCUUCCUGGUGUACGACUCCUUCCUGUACCGUCGGGAGAAGGCGGCCGGGGAGAAGGUGUACUGGACGUGCCGGGACCAGGCCCGCAUGGGCUGCCGCAGCCGCGCCAUCACCCAGGGCCGGCGGGUGAUGGUGGUGGGUGGCCACUGCCACCCGCCCGACCUGGGGGGCCUGGAGACCCUGCGGCAGCGGGAGAACCGCCCCAGCCCAGCCCAUCGGGGGAGCCCUGGAGGCCCCGAGUUCCUGAGGACGCCCCUGGGGGGCAGCUUCCUGGUGUACGACUCCUUCCUGUACCGUCGGGAGAAGGCGGCCGGGGAGAAGGUGUACUGGACGUGCCGGGACCAGGCCCGCAUGGGCUGCCGCAGCCGCGCCAUCACCCAGGGCCGGCGGGUGAUGGUGAUGCGCGGCCACUGCCACCCGCCCGACCUGGGGGCCCUGGAGACCCUGCGGCAGCGGGAACGGCUCCCCAGCCUGGCUCAGUGGGAGGGCCCAGGACCCCUCCAGCCCCUGGAGUUCCUGAGGACGUCCCUCGGGGGCAGGUUCCUGGUGCACGAGUGCUUCCUCUACAGGAAGGAGAAGGCGGCCGGGGAGAAGGUGUACUGGAUGUGCCGGGACCAGGCCCGUCUGGGCUGCCGCAGCCGCGCCAUCACCCAGGGCCAGAGGGUGAUGGUGAUGCGCGACCACUGCCACCCGCCCGAUCUGCGGGCCCUGGAGGCCCUGCGGCAGCGGGAGCGGCUCCCCAGCCCAGCGCAGCAGGAGGAGCCAGAAAAGAUAAAACUUCAGCCCAAGGUGCAACUGUGCUUCAAGACUUGUUCUCCAGAGAGCCCGCAGACGCACGGGUGAUUGCUCGCCACUUCAUGCCGUGUCCCACCCGUCCCCAAACUUAGUGGCUUAAACCAACAACUGUCCACUGUCUCCACAGCUUUGUGGGCCAGAACCGUAGGAGGGGUUGGGCUGGGGGUUCUGACUCAGGGUGACUGGCGGCUGACUCGCGGCUAGUCAUCCCCAGGCGACGCUGAGGCACAGGGGAAGCGGGAUCCACUCCUCAGCCGCUUGCUCGCUCACAGGGCGGGGGGUUCUGGGGGGCUGGAGGCCCUCUCCUCAGGGCUGC